UUUGCUGGAUGAAGGAAGGAUGGGACCCAAAAGCAGCUUGAUCAUCACUCUUCUCUGCUGGGUGGCAGACAAAGUGGCUGCCUACCCACCCUGGCAUUUCUCCAGAGGUGACCUGGCGAGCCGGGGGGUGCAGGCAGACCCCCACGCCUGGUCCUGGGUGGAGGACCCCCAAUCUCGAACUAUCUCCAGCCAGCAGCCAGUGAUGGUGCAGUGCCAGGAAGCUCAGCUGGUGGUGACAGUACACAGGGACCUCUUUGGAACUGGUCGCCUGGUCAAUGCAGCCGACCUGACGCUGGGGCCGGCCGCCUGCAAGCAUUCCUCGCUGAACCCUGCCCACAACACCGUCACUUUCACUGCCGGCCUCCACGAGUGCGGCAGCGUUGUGCAGAUCACACCGGAUUCCCUCAUCUACCGCACACUCCUCAACUAUGACCCCAGCCCCGCCAGCAACCCCAUCAUCAUCCGCAGCAACCCCGCCGUCAUCCCCAUCGAGUGCCACUACCCCAGGAGGGAGAACGUGAGCAGCAAUGCCAUCCGGCCCACCUGGGCUCCUUUCAGCAACACACUGUCAGCAGAGGAGAGGCUGGUGUUCUCCCUGCGCCUCAUGAACGAGGACUGGAGCGCUGAGAGACCUUUUACCGGUUUCCAACUGGGCGACGUCCUCAACAUCCAAGCAGAGGUGGAAACUGAGAGCCACGUGCCGCUGCGGCUGUUUGUCGACAGCUGCGUGGCCGCCCUCAGCCCCGGCACCGACUCCUCACCUCACUACACCAUCAUCGACUUCAAUGGGUGCCUGGUUGAUGGGAGACUGGAUGAUACCAGCUCUGCGUUCGUGACUCCCCGGCCCCGGGAGGACAUGCUGCGCUUCAGGAUUGACGUGUUCAGGUUUGCGGGAGACCCCAGGAACCUGAUCUACAUCACCUGCCACCUGAAAGUGACCCCAGUGGACCAAGCCCCGGACCCCUUGAACAAGGCUUGCUCCUUCAACAAAGCCAGAAACACCUGGUCCCCCGUGGAAGGCACCCGGGACAUCUGCAGCUGCUGCGAGAUGGGCAACUGCGAGUCCCCAGCGCUGUCCCGGAGCCUCAACCCCCUGGAACGAUGGCCCGGCCACCGCUUCCGCCGCCAUGUCUCCAAGGGGAAAGAGGCUGAAGGUGACGUGGUCAUCGGCCCCGUGCUCCUCUCGAGGGACCUGGGGGCCGGAGAAGAGCGUCAGGAGGGAGGUCAGGGGGCGGUGACGGCGAGGCCCGGCGUGGCAACGGGGCUGAUCUGCGUGGCGGCUGGCGUGGGGCUGGCCGGCCUGGGGCUGGCCAUCAGCGUGGGGCGCAGGCGCUGUAGCCGCAGCUCGGCGUGAGUGCGGCCGAGACAUGAAUAAAGCUUGAGAAA